AUGACUUUCAGCUUAAAUUCAGACCUCACUGGACAUCAGAAAAGUGAAAUUGGCAAAAAGCUUCAUCUAUGUAAUGAAGGAAGGAAGGCCUUCAGCCAGAACUCUAAGCUCAUUACUCACCAGAAAACUCACAUUAGAAAGGAGCUUGAUGAAUGUAAUGAAGGUGGAGCAACCUUAUCCCUUCACUCAUCUCUUCCCUACCAUCCUAGAUUUCAUACUGGAGAGAAAACAUAUACAUGUAAUCAGUGUGAGAAGGCCUUUCAUUUGCACUCAGAUCUUGUUAAACAUCAGAAGAUCCAUACUGGAGAGAAACCUUAUAAAUGUAAUCAAUGUGGAAAAUCUUUUACUCAUAGUUCCAAUCUUUCUGUACAUCAGAGAAUCCACACAAAAAAGAACCCUUUUGGACAUAAUCAGUGUGAAAAUGCUUCCCAAUGGAACUCCAAUCUUGCUUCCCAUCAGAGAAUCCACAAAGGAGAGAAACCUUAUGAAUGCAGUCAAUGUGGGAAGACUUUCAGCUACAACUGCAGCCUUUGUGGAAAGACUUUCACACGGAGCUCCAGUCUUGCUAUCCAUCGGAGAAUUCACACAGGAGAGAAACCUUAUGAAUGUAAUCAAUGUGGAAAAGCUUUCACUCAUAGCUCCAAUCUUAUUACCCAUCAGAGAAUUCAUAAGAAAGCUGAGUGUAAUGAAUGUGGAAAGGCUCUGCUACAGAGCUGCAGUCUUGGGGAACAUCUAAGACUUCAGUGUACAGAGAAACUUCUUGAGUGUCAUGAAUGUGGGCAGUUGCUUUAG